UGGACUGAUAGAACCUGAAGACCAUUCUACAAGCUCCUCUUCACGAAAGGUAAUAUCCCUAACUCUGAUUGGAGUCUACAAGCUUUACACAGGAAAAUCACCCCGGAGAUGAAUGAAACCCUGCUGAAACCUAUGAGAAUUGAGGAGAUUAAGGAGGCCCUUGAUCAAAUGGGGCCAACAAAGGCCCCGGGUUCUGACGGUUUUUCUGCAGGUUUUUUUCAGAAAAAUUGGGGUGUGGUGGGCCCUAAGGUGAUUGAGAUUGUGAUGAACUUUUUCAGAAAUGGUGAGCUCCCUCAGGAGCUUAAUCAUACUCUUAUUUCCCUAAUCCCCAAGUAUAUGAAGCAGAUGGAACGUGCAAAGAAUGGUUAUUUUGUUGCCAAACUUGAUAUGGCCAAGGCCUAUGACCGUGUUGAAUGGUCUUAUUUGGAAAACGUUAUGAAGAAGUUGGGAUUCGCGGAUAGAUGGAUUGAUCUAAUUAUGAAAUGUGUCACUACGGUUUCCUAUUCGAUCCUGGUUAAUGGGCACAAGUCUGAUAGUUUUAAACCCUCUCGUGGGCUUCGGCAAGGAGACCCACUCUCUCCAUAUCUCUUCUUGUUGUGUGCAGAGGGGUUAUCCGCUCUUAUAAAAAAGGAUGAAAAAGAGGGGAAGAUAGAAGGUAUUCAGAUCAGAAGACAGGCUCCCUCUAUCUCUCACCUUCUCUUCGCGGACGAUAGUAUAAUUUUUGGACGAGCCACUCUUAAGGGAUGUGACCAGUUGAAAGAAAUUUUGAGGAUUUACUCGGAAGAGUCAGGACAACUAAUCAAUUAUGAUAAAUCUGAAUUAUCUUUUAGCAAGAAUGUCAGAUGCAGUAGAAGGAUGGAAAUAUGUGGAACACUCGGAAUAAAGGAGGUGGAUAAGCUCCCGAAAUAUCUGGGUCUACCUACGGUAAUCAGCAGAUCCAAGAAAGCUAUUUUUGAGGAUAUAAAGGAAAGAGUCAGGAAAAAACUCAAAGACUGGAAGAAUCGAACUAUGUCACAAGCGGGGAAAGAAAUCCUAAUAAAAGCUAUUGCUCAAGCCCAAUUCCUAUAUCCGAUGUCUGUUUUCCUCCUUCCAGAUGGAUCUCUUAAGGAAAUUCAAAAUUUGAUUGUCAAUUUCUGGUGGGGGCAGAAGGGAAAAGAAGUCAAGAUCAAAUGGAUUGGUUGGGAUGAACUCUGUGACGAAAAGGAAGAAGGGGGUUUGGGUUUCCGUGAUCUUAAGGCCUUCAAUCUGGCCAUGUUAGGGAAACAGAUCUGGAAUCUUAUAUCGAGACCUAACUCCCUGAUGACGAAGGUUUUAAAAGCCCGGUAUUUCCCUAAAACUGAUAUAUUGAAUGCUAAACUGGGCUAUCGCCCUAGCUACAUUUGGAAGAGCAUCAUGGAAGCAAAGGAGAAGAUUGCAGAUGGUUUUCGAUGGAAGGUGGGUGAUGGCAAGGCCAUUAGAAUCUGGGAGGAUGAGUGGAUCCCCGGAAAGUCCUUUUACUGUCCGGAUCCUACUCCCGCAAUGGAGGCCCCUGACGGAUAUGUCAGUUCUCUUAUUGAUCAUGAAAUGGGAAGUUGGAACUGUGCCAAAGUUCGGGAUCUUUUCUCUAGUCAGGAUCAUGCUCUAAUAGCAAACAUUCCCCUGUGUUUUCCUUUAAAGGAGGACUCUAGGGUGUGGAAGGAUUCUGAAACAGGGAUUUAUUCGGUCAAAACUGCCUAUUCGCGGAUCAGGAAUAAUCAACAACACACAGUGGCUAGAAGACACAGUAAAGAGGAUGACGAUGAUGAAUUCUGGAAGAAUCUAUGGGCUCUAAACACGCAACCGAAGGUGAAAUUUUUCCUGUGGAAAUUAUGUAAGAACAUUUUACCUGUUGGGGCUAACGUUGAAGAGUGGUUUGAGGAAGCUUGUGUUGAAUGCCCAUUCUGCAAUCUCAGGGAGACCCAAAUGCAUGCGCUCAGAGAGUGCGAUUGGAUCCGAAGACAAUGGCAAUCAAGUGAAGUUAGCGAGCUUUUUGAAAAAGGGAAUAAUAAAUCGUGCUUGGAAUGGAUGAAGGAGAUUUGGAAGGAUUGCGAUUUAUCUAAGAUUCAGAAAUUUACCUUAGUUUUGUGGCUUCUUUGGAAAGAGAGAUGCAACCAUAAAUAUAACAACCAGAAGCUUGAAGAGAGUGAAAUUAUCCCGCGCGCCCUGGCUUGGAUUGACACCUACCUCGCUGCCCAGAACCCAGAGGAAGUGCAGCGGAGGGUUGCUGGUGGAGCUGGAUCCUCGGCGACUCAAACCUCCUGGAUCCCCCCUCCUCGUGGCGCCUUCAAACUCAACACGGACGCCGGAGUUUUUCCCCAGGGGGGUGUGGGUCUCGGUUGUGUAAUCAGAAAUGAAGAAGGAGCCUUUGUGGGGGCUUCUUUGAAGAAGGAAAGAGGUACAUGCAGGGUAAUUGAAGCUGAGGCGAAGGCCAUUUUUAUGGGGUUGGUAGAAGCAAAUCGGCGAGCCAUCAGCCCUUUGGUGGUGGAAUCCGACUGCCAAGCUUUAAUCUCCAAGCUUCAAAGAAGGGAUGCUGAUGCUUCGGAGUUGGGUGUGUGGUGUGAAAAGAUUUGGAAUUUGGCUAAGGUCAACGAAUCCUUUUCUGGGCAACAGGUCACUUGGGUUUAUGUGGGAAGAAAGGCAAAUACGGUAGCGCAUUGGUUGGCUCACUCAGGAGCUCGAUGGGAUCAUCAAGUUGUAUGGGUGGAUGACCCGCCGCUUUCUCUAUUAUCGUUGAUGGAAAACGAUCUGUGCCCAAGCCCAUGUAAUCAGCCUAUUUGAUCUUUGAAUAUAAGUUCUGCAGGUUCCCAUCAAAAAAAAAAAAAAAAAAACUUUUAAAAUUUUGUAGUUAUGUAACUAUGUAAUAAUUUCACAUUUGAAGAAAUGAUUAAACCUUCAAUUAAAAUAUCCAUCUUUCCAAACAAACCUACUAUUUUCUUUCAACUAAGGGCUGGAUCUCUCAAUCUUCCAAAACUCAAAACACAUAACUUUAACUUAAAGCAAAAACUUCAAUCCAAGAAGAAGAGAAAAAGAAGUGUAUUCCAAGAUAUGAUUGGUUAGCCAUGAAUUGGAGAUCUCUACCACCACUACUGCCAUAACAUGAUUUCCUUUUCCUCCUCCAUUCUCCCCAUUGUGUUUAUAUUAUUAUGAUCAUAACAACUCACCCCCUUAAUCUUCAAUCUUAAUCACCAUUUUCCAAUUUAUUGAUAGGAAAUUGUCCUUGAUUAGGCAAAUAUAUAUGGGUUGGGUUCCAUCAUAAAAAGGAGAACACUUAGUCUUAGGUAGUUCAUUUCAAUACUUUUAAUUUGUUUUGGUCUUGUAACGCAUUCCCCUUAAAGUAAUACACAUGACAACUCAAGGCAAGGACCGCCCAGCUAGAACAUUAACAUAAUAAGUAGCGAUAUCGGAUAUAUGUAUAAUAUGCUCUUAUACAUAUAUGGUGGCGUCUUCGGUGCACUCACUUUUUUGGGUGCAUUCAGUGCACUCGCUUCAUAACCGUCAUUUUAAACAUGCGAUUUAUGUUAAAAUGAUGUCAAUCAUCACUUAUGAUGUGAUGAACAAUAAAGCACAUUAAUUUGCACAAAAACUAUUGAAAAUUUACUUUAAUUUGAAGAAUUUAGAGUUCAGAGAUUUAGGAUUAGGGUUAGGGUUUACAAUUUGGGGUUUAGGACUAGAACUCAAAAUUGGAGGUCUAGGGCUUAGGAUAAUCUGCUAAUUAGUUGUUAUUAUAUGUUAUAUAAUCAUAUUACACUAAUUCUACAAAUUAAAAUUCAAAAUCCGACACCUUAAGACUAGUUUUUGAGUUGGGUGCAUUGUACGCACUCAUUUUUGUGAGUGCACCGAAGUAGUCACCAUACAUAUAUAAGUAGGGAUAUCGGAUAUGUGUCGCCCAAACUAAGAUUCGUCUGUGGUCGACAACCUAUGCAUGGAAAUUUUAAUAGAAGAAAUAAUAUUUCUAAAAUAUAAGAACAUGUUUGAUGUAAAAAAAAAAGAAAGUAAAAUGACAUGAUAAUAAGAAUGUAUAAUACAAAUACAUAUUAUACCUAUUAUUAAGUAACUUGUCACGAAACCUAGCAUUAGUUCACGUCAUUUCUACUUACCUAUUCUUCUUUAUUCAUCUAUAUCCUUCCCAACAACUCGAUCUAAGUUCUGAAAAAUGACGGACCAUAACACCGAUCACUUUGUAAUUUGAAACCAUCAUAUUCAUACCGUCUCGUUACAAAUCGCGCACGACUUGAGUGGUUGACACCGAUUUGAUCAAUUUGCAAAAAAAAUUCCACAAUUUUUCCUUUCACAUUUUCACGAUUUCCCCAUGAUCUGUCACACGGAACAAAUGAACUCAAACCAAUUCGCGAUGAACCAUGAUCUGCCUAUGAUCCAACUUCCACCCGUUUACACCAGUUAGAUGAUUCUUCCUGCCUGGGGAGGACAGCGACUCCUCAUAUGUCAAAGCAACGGAGCGUGGGGAGGAGGACCAAAUCAGCUGAUUCCUGAAAGGAAAUGUCACGGCCUAAUUUAUCCACCCACGCCUUUUUAGGGAUUUCCAAUUCCCACGUUGCACACAUAGCCAAAAACCACCUUUCAAUUCAGGGAUUCUAUAGUUUACAAUACACGCUCUGUGGGCAU